GACCGGGGACCGUGCCCGCCCCGCCGCGCACAGCAUGGCAGGCUUCGCCGACCUGAACGUGCCGCAGGGCCCGGACAAGAAGUGCCUGCAGAGCUUGCUGGAGGCCGCGGCCCACUGUUUCUGCAUGGAUUUGUUUCCAUUCAUUUACUGGACAAAAUAUUCGUACUAUGUGUUUACUUUUUCAGUGGGAUAUUCUGCAGUUGCUCUUAAUCAUGUCAUCGAUUUUAAAGAAAAGAAACAGGAAAUCGUCAAGCCAGUAUCUCCUUCAGAGUUGUUUCCAUCUUUGCCUAUUGUACAAGGGACGUCUAAAAGAAUCAAAGUCUUAACGCGGCUAACACUUGUUGUUUCUGAUCCUUCCCACUGUAAUCUCUUGAGAUCAACAUCAGCAAAUAUAAGGUUAUAUGACAUAAUAGCGGUAUUUCCAAAGACCGAGAAACUGUUUCAUAUCGCUUGCACAACUCUAGAUGUGGAUCUGGUAUGCAUAAACGUAACAGAAAAGCUGCCAUUCUACUUCCGAAGGCCCCCUGUGAAUAUGGCAAUAGAUCGAGGCAUUUACUUUGAACUUCUUUACACGCCUGCCAUCAAAGACUCCACAAUGAGAAGAUACACAAUUUCAAAUGCGAUCAGCUUGAUGCAGAUCUGCAAAGGAAAGAAUGUUGUUAUAUCUAGUGCAGCUGAAAGGCCUCUAGAACUACGAGGUCCUUAUGAUGUGGCUAAUCUAGGUUUGCUGUUUGGCCUGUCAGAAAGUGAAGCCAAGGCAGCUGUGUCUACCAACUGCAGAGCCGCAGUGCUUCAUGGAGUGUCACUUUUAUAUUCCAGAAACUCGGAAGAGUGCCUGUGGGGUAGUGUACACUGUGAAGAAGCCUCGAAAGGUUGAGGAGGAAGAAACAGCACUGCCAGCCUGCAAAAAAGCUAAGACUCAAGCUUGAGGACUGAACCAGUUGUCAGCAGGAGCCUCUACCCCUCUUUACCCAUCCUCUAGCCAGCCCAGUUCCUCCCUUACUAUUAUAUUUAGCCUGGAGAAGAAUUAUUCUUCUGGUGUUCAAGUGAGGAAGGCUGUGGGACUGAGACUGCUGCAUGGUAAUUCACCACAUCUGAAAGGUCAUGCUGGGCUUCUGGCCAUGGGCUGGAGACUGUCUCUCCACCCUGUCUUAGGUCUUUGGAGUCAGUGCAAACUCAACACCAUGUGUCUAACAUAUGAAAAUUUUCAGUUAUACAAGUGCAUUCCUUUUUUAUUAAAAAAGUUUCUAAGAAUGCAUGCAUUCGAAGUCUAGCUCUUAUGGUUUCUCAGAUUUUGAACACAUCUCUACUAAACCUUACAACCACAAGCCCGUAGGUGAAGUUCAUCUGCAGUGGGCUCUGAAGAAUAAUAGUGCAGUUAAAAAAAAAAAAAUUAAAAUAAAUCUGCUUCCCAUUCUGUUUUGUGAUCAAUAGCUAUAAAGAAGAUCCCAGGAUCUGUCACUUGCUAGGAGGUGUCUUGGAUUUGUGUUACAGUCUGACUGACUGACCUGACCUGCCAGACACGCAUCCCGAAGGCCAUCCCUGUCCUGCAGCUCUUAAAACCAAACGGUAACAUGAGGUGGUUACCGCAGGUGGGAAGGAAAAGCCCAAGGUUACGGUGAACGUGUGCUCAGCAUGCUAUAUUGCAGUCACAGCAUAACAGCUGUCUCACCUAGGCCUGAGCAGUCUCCCCGUCACAUCAUUUUUACUGCAUCAUUUCCUUCUUCAUGUCCUGGUCUGGCAGUGUUGUCUAUGAGAGUGUUCAUUUUGUUGCCUCCUGCCUUUCUGUUUUCCUUCCUGUUAAUGCCUCAGUAAACCUAAUCUAGCUGCCAAAAAAGCAAUCAUAACAGAUUUAUAAUCAGCAGAGCAUUUUCAGAGCUCUUCCAAAUGUUGACUGAAGUUUUUCUUUUGAUUAAACCAACAUAAAAAUUAUGUAAGCUGCUGUACUCUAGAUACUUCUGAGCCAGCUUUACUGUGAAUAUUCCAGUUCUCUCUUUGCAUCUGACAAGUUGAGAAGUGGAAGUUACAGCAUUUAAGAUAUCGCAGAAGUCUUGCAGUGGGUCAUCUCUGAGCUCUUAGUAACUUGACUGAGCAGAAUAGAUGAAGUUCUCACUAGACUAAUGGUACUAUAUAAUGCUGGUGUAAGUCACAACAACUUUUACUUCAACAAAUAAUGAAAUAUUUUUCCAUUAUGUUA